AUGAAUACUCGCCUCCUUAGGCCCUUUAUUAGAGUAGAAGUAGAAGCAGCGAUAAAAGAGAUGAAGCCCAUCACAGCCCCAGGCCCCGACGGUAUGCCUCCUUUAUUUUAUCAAUCUUUUUGGUCGUUAAUUGGUGAAGAUAUCUGUGUUGUUGUGCUUGAUUGUCUUAACAACUGUAAAAUCCCUAGAGAAAUUAAAUGUACCAACAUUACCCUGAUUCCUAAAGUUAAAUCCACUGAACUUAUUACUGAAUUUAGGUCGAUCAGCCUGUGUAAUGUAGUAUACAAAAUUGUUGCUAAAGUACUAGCUAACAGAUUGAAAGCUAUUCUCCCUCAUGUGAUAUCUGAAAAUCAGAGUGCCUUCCAAGCUGGUAGGGUUAUUACAGACAACAUCCUCAUGACUUUUGAAACCCUGCACUACAUGAAACACCAUCAAAAGGGUAAGUCUGGGUUUAUGGCUCUGAAGUUAGACAUGAGCAAAGCCUACGACCGGGUGGAAUGGAUCUUCUUAGAAAAUAUCAUGAAGAGAAUGGGUUUUGAUGUCAAGUGGGUUAAUCUAAUCAUGGAAUGUAUUUCGACUGUCACUUAUUCAGUUCUCAUUAAUGGUCUCCAUUUUCUACUCCAUAGGGCAGCGGAAGCUAGGCAAAUCCGGGGUGUGUCCAUCUGCAAAAAGGGCCCUCGAUUGACUCAUCUAUUCUUCGCGGAUGAUAGUUUGAUUUUCUACAAAGCCUUGCUUGUUGAAUGUCAAAAAAUCCAAGACCUUUUGGAAUGCUAUGAAAGGGCUUCCGGUCAAAAGCUGAACCGGAACAAGACCAGCCUUUUCUUCAACAAAUCCACCCCUUCUAACAUUCUGGACGAAAUCAAAUCUUCGCUUGGUGUGCAAGAGAUUAAGCAAUUUGAACGCUAUCUUGGCCUCCCCUCGCUAGUUGGGAAGAAGAAGAAAGCUAGCUUGCUUUAUAUCAAGGAAAAAGUAGCAGCAAAACUUCAAGGUUGGAAAGAACAACUUCUUUCCCAAGCCGGUAGGGAAGUUCUCCUCAAAUUGCCAAAAAGUUUAGGUGGGCUGGGUUUUAAGGAACUCCAGAAAUUCAAUGUUGCCAUGCUGGCAAAACAGGUCUGGCGACUAGCGGACAACCAAACCUCUUUGUUUCAUAGAUUCUUUAAGGAAAAAUUCUUUCCAAAUGGCUCCAUUUUUUAUGCUAAAGAGGGUAACGGCUCUUUUGCCUGGAAGAGCAUCUUAAAAGGCAGAGACGUGAUCAGCAAAGGGCUACAAUGGAGGGUGGGAAAUGGUGCCUUGAUUCAGAUCUACCAUGAUAGCUGGCUCCCCGAUCCAUUCAACAAGAAAGUGGUGUCACCAAGAGACUUCCUCGGCAAGGAUGCUCAGGUGUUUUGGCCUCACUCUCCUAGAGGCAAAUACACUGUUUGUUUGGCAUACAGACUCCUUAUGGAUGAAGAGUUGAGUGAGUCUCCUUCCCCAUCUGAUUUAACCCUUAUCAAGAAAAUUUGGAAGGGCAUUUGGAGUCUUCAUGUUCUGAACAGAGUUAAGACUUUGCUUUGGAGAGCGGGUUCAGAUUCUCUUCCCUCAAAGGCCAAUCUUUUAAAGCGUAAAGUGCUUGUUGAUGACACCUGUCCCGGCUGUAAUAGGGAGAGCGAAACCUCCUUUCAUGCCCUUUUGUCUUGCACUGAAUUAAAUUCAGUUUGGGAGGGCACCUUUGGCUGGUUAAAGAAGAUUUCCAAAGAUUGUAGCUCAUUUCUGGAUGUCAUCCAGCUCUGUCAAUCUCAAAAGGACCUUGUUGAUUUGUUUGCCAUGACUGUGUCGCAGAUUUGGACCCGUAGAAACCAACUUAGAGUUGGUGACAAUUCAGCCCCUCUGUGGAAACUACUGCCCUUAGCCUCGGACAUCCUAUUGGAAUUUCAGAGAGCAUCGUCUGAGCUCCCAGUAGCCGAAAAAGUUCUCACCAACGCCAAAUGGCUCCCCCCUCCUAAGGGUUGGCUGAAGGUGAACUUCAAUGGGGCAAUUUUUAAGGAGAAAAGCCUAGCUAGUAUAGGUUGCAUCAUCUGA